AUGAUGGUAAAGCAUUUCCAGACAGAUGCACUCCAGGAGCUCUGCACCGAUGAGCAACUGGAUCUCCUCAAUUCGACUGAUAACCUGCGCUCUCAAGGUAUUAAUCAUUAUAUAUCUUUGCCGCAGAUAAUUGUGUGUGGCGACCAGUCGUCGGGAAAAAGCUCAGUUCUGGAGGCUAUUUCCGGUGUCUCGUUUCUAGUGAAAAGCAGCUUAUGCACAAGGUUCCCCACGGAGUUGGUACUCAGGAAGAAUGUUCAAGUGGGUGUACGCGUGUCGAUUGUACCUCAUCACUAUCGUAGUGAUGUGGAACGAGAGUCGUUGAGUAGAUUCUGCGAGGAGAUUCAUGGAUUCGACGGUAUUUCAGCUCUCAUUGACAACGUGAAGGUGGCUAUGGGUAUAAUAACACAUGGCAAAGCGUUUUCAAAUGACCUCCUUCGAGUAGAGGUUUCAGGUCCGGAUCGCCCUCAUUUGACUAUUGUUGAUCUCCCCGGCCUUAUACACUCCGAAACCAAACAACAAUCCGCUGCAGAUGUACAGCUUGUUCAAGGAGUGGUCCGGAGCUACAUGACGGAGCCGCGAAGCAUUAUCCUCGCUGUGAUAUCUGCGAAGAACGAUCUUGCCAACCAGAUCGUGCUGAAACUGGCCCGAGAUGCUGAUAGCUCUGGAGAUCGGACACUCUUCUAA